AUGAAGGAUCACACAGUCCUCUUCACCGUCCUCAACCAGCGAAGUGACAUCCUGCUCCAGGUCCGCGUCAAUCCCUACGCAAUCGUGUUCGUGGCCACCAGGAGGCGGCAUUAUGAGUUUCCCGUGUCCUUCCUUUCGGACGGCUUGUGGCACAGAGUUGCAAUUGGUGUUUCCCUGAGCAAAGUGGAGCUGUAUGUGGACUGUGAGCUGGUUGAAAGCGUGAGAUGGAAAAAUUACUUCGGGAUGGAAAUAACCACAGAAGGUUUGGUCAUUGUAGGAGGUCUCAUUGAAGCCUUUGAGUCACCAUUUGAGGGGCUACUCCAGCAGUUACUGUUUGUUAUGGGGGAUCCCACAGCAGCUGAGGAACACUGCAUCAGGUACAGCCAAACAUGCACCAACGUUUCCAGUGCUAAACUGCUGCUCGACACCCAUUCCUCUCGGGAAGAAUUGUCUCUUCUACCAGCGCAGCCUGAGCAGGUGUGUAAAUCAGACUUUGUGUUUUACGGAGCAAUGAAAAGCAGGGGACGAAGGUGCAGCUGUCCAAAGAGCAGUAACUUUGUGCGAAGGGUGGAGAAGAAUAUGGUACCACCAACAGGUGUGCCCGCCUUUCGCUUUACGGCCUUCGAAAUAUUGGUCCUCUUCUCGGAAGCCACCGAGUUAGUGCUGAAGCCAUUCGCUGUUGGUGGGAACGACAGAUGUGGCCGCAUGAGUUCUGAGGAUACAACCUCGAGAACGUACACGAGAUCCACCUUGUCUUGGAUCCUCACUAAAGGCUCCACCAGGAACGUUCCCAAUGCUAAUCCAGCUGCUACAAGCUAUAGCCCAGAGAGAAGGGUCCCAGAUGGUCACCAUAAGAGCACUGGCCUGCUCAACCUGACUUACAACCCGAUCACAGACACCGUGCGAGGCCGGGCCGGUGCCAACGUCAGCAGCCACAUGCGUGUGGUAAAGGCUAAGGGUGGCCCGAAUUCCGUUCUCCUGCUCCCCGGCUCCGAGCGUAAAAGUUCGCUGAAGGGAAACAGCAGGUUGGAUGAUUUAAGGGCUGCUGUGAAACCGGAUCAGUCCGUUGGAGAAGAAUUCCUCAUCUCCACGUCGGAAGAUCACACGGUGAUCGGGCUCGAGCCAAAGGGAGCCGGGGUGUUGCCGAUGGUUUCCGACAAGCUUUCUGCAUUGUCCAUCCCAACCCCACGAGGUGCCGUCCUUCCACGAGGUGAAGGAAUUGCCUUAGAGCACCACAAAGAUCUUCAGGACGAACGCACUCGGAACGCGAAGCAGCCAAGCUGGUACAGAACGGAGUUUGACCUGAAUGUCGCAGAGCACUCCGGAGGAGAGGAUGACAAAGAAGGGAGUGAGGAGUGGGAGCAGAGGGAAUUGACCGACCGGUGGAGCGUUAACUGGUCCGCGAAGAGCACUGCCGUCCCCACACUAAUCGGCCCAGAGCGUAACGGGCAAUCGGGCAGGAGAACAGGUCCUCCAGGGCCAACUGGUCCAGUAGGUGAACCUGGGCCUCCAGGAUAUCCAGGACCUAAAGGAGACAAACAAACCCCCAUCUAUCAGAUGCUGCAGUCGGGCUGGCCUAGUCAUUAUGGCCCUCCAGGAUCUCGUGGACGUCCGGGGACCCCAGGAAUUCCUUGUGACGAUUCUUUACUUAAACAGGGUGUUCCAGGAAUACAAGGAGAUUCAGGAAGUCCAGGCUUCAGGGGAGAGGAGGGCCUCGUGGGGCCGAGGGGAUUGCGAGGAGCUCCCGGUCGAAAGGGAUUGGACGGAGAUCCCGGAGAAGGGGGCUCGCCAGGACCCCGGGGCCUGACCGGAGAACAGGGACCGCAAGGCUACAUGGGAGAGCUGGGAAUCACUGGCGAUCGAGGGGAGCAAGGUUUCUGUGGACUGCCGGGAGAGCUCGGGGACAAAGGACAGAAAGGAGAGAAGGGCGCCAGAGGUGUAUUCGGACUUCCUGGCUCAGUUGGGGCUCCUGGCAUAAAGGGAUUGAAAGGGGGACCAGGUUUACAGGGACACAGAGGCCCAGCAGGAGACCGCGGGAUAAUAGGACCACCAGGUCUGGCCGGGCCUGAGGGUGACGCAGGACCUCCGGGACCCAGGGGAGUGCCAGGGGUCAAUGGCACUGAGGGGGAAAUUGGAUCCCCGGGUUUACUUGGUCCGCGAGGCCCUCAGGGCCCACAAGGAGUUGACGGAAGACGAGGAUUGCCAGGACUGAGGGGUCACAGGGGUCGACCUGGAUUAGAUGGCUUCCCUGGUCCAAACGGGAUGAGUGGUGAAGAAGGAUCACCUGGACCAAUAGGGGAGCCUGGACUUGAAGGCCCGAUGGGAUUAAUCGGGAUGGCAGGAGCCAGAGGGCCCCCAGGUGACCCAGGGAAAAGAGCCACAGAUGGUGAACAAGGGAACCUCGGAGACAAAGGAACUCAAGUGCGGGCCUCCUGGUGCGUUUGGGGAAAGCGGACCAUCAGGACCGAGAGGACCACCUGGGUUCCCCGGAAUUGCAGGCCACAAGGGGCAGGUCGGGCUCGGGGAUCUCAAGGUGAAGAUGGAGUGAUGGGUCUGCAGGGAGAGAAAGGACUUGUAGGACACAAGGGAAACAGAGGACCUGGUGGUCCCAAAGGAAUUCGAGGGAUAAGAGGAUACAGGGGGCGUAGUGGUCAGAGUGGCCUGGUCGGACAGCCGGGACCACGAGGAUUAAAAGGCCAACGAGGGAUCCGGGGAGCUGAAGGAAAGCCUGGUACACAGGGUGCGAAUGGCAUUGCCGGUGACUCUGGACAGAAAGGGCCACAAGGUUACAGAGGAUUGCGGGGUGAUCAAGGAAUGGAUGGACCACCAGGACCUCUGGGGCCUCGAGGGCAUUCAGGACAAGAUGGCAUUCCUGGGCAAACUGGUGAAAGGGGCUCCACUGGCAAACCCGGCCCCUCUGGACCACAAGGAUCUGUGGGCAUGUAUGGAUUUCCGGGGCCUUUAGGUGAACGAGGCAGACCAGGAACAAGGGGAGAGAAGGGAGAAGUGGGGAAAAGGGGAGUGCGGGGACCAUCAGGAAAUCCAGGUUUGAAAGGUCCCAAGGGUGUGCCUGGUGAGAGGGGACCUUCUGGACUUCAGGGCAGAAGAGGGGACCCAGGUCAGAAAGGACUUGAAGGAUUACCUGGGUUGAUUGGAAGCCCUGGAUCUGAAGGCCAUGCAGGGAAAGUUGGAUCUCCUGCUAGCCAAGGUCCCCCUGGGCCAGUCGGACCGCCCGGACUUCGUGGAUACCCAGGAAGAGAAGGACUCGUUGGAACUGAAGGACAUCUUGGACAUAAAGGUCAAAAGGGUGAAGUUGGGCCGCCUGGUGACGUUGGUGUGGUGGGACUGGAUGGAGAACAGGGUUCACCAGGUCUUGUAGGGGAGGACGGUUUGUCUGGACGUAAAGGAGAACAAGGAGAUCCAGGAAAUCCUGGGAUGCUGGGAGCAGAAGGAAUUCCGGGGCUGUUGGGGGGUGAGGGAUUGGAGGGAGGCCCGGGAGAGAUCGGAGAACCAGGACACGAGGGGGAAACGGGACUGGACGGCGACCAAGGAGAUCCUGGGAUAAAAGGAACAAAGGGAGAUGUCGGCUCUCUGGGCCCACCUGGUUCAAUAGGACUGAUCGGGAUCACAGGAGACAGAGGCAAACGAGGGCAGAAGGGAGAAAAGGGAGAGGCCAGCUUGUCGGGUUCCGUUGGCUUGAUUGGCAUAACGGGUCCUCCAGGACGUAUUGGCAGAGAUGGUGCACCAGGAUACAUGGGAUUUCUGGGUCAAGAUGGGCUGAAAGGAGAGAAGGGCCUCCCUGGAUCUAACGGGAUUGCUGGAGCUGUGGGAGACACAGGACUUCAGGGGUCACGUGGGCCACAAGGAAGAAAGGGGGAACGGACACCUGGGGUUCAGGGUCCGCCUGGUUUGGAGGGAGUCCGAGGUUUAUCAGGGCCUAAAGGAGAAACUGGAUCUGAGGGAAUGAAGGGUGAAAUAGGUUCGAAAGGAGUUCCUGGGCUUGAAGGGUCAGAGGGGCCGACCGGAGAGACAGGACUGCCUGGACAAGUAGGAUUGGAGGGGGCUUUGGGACAGCCGGGGUUACAAGGGGAUGUUGGAGAAGCAGGGCGAGAGGGACCCCGAGGUAGACCGGGCUCUGAAGGCAGGAGAGCGACCAAAGGACAAAAGGGGGACGGUGGUACAGCAGGCAAUCCAGGACUUCCUGGCAAGUCAGGAAGGGUGGGGAGGAGAGGAAAAGCAGGAUCGAGAGGGCAAAGAGGGAAGAAAGGUUUCAAGGGUCCGAAAAGUAGCACAGGCCACGCUGGGUAUCCUGGAGAUAAAGGACCUCCUGGACUUAGGGGACUGAGAGGAGAAAAAGGGACUCGGAAUCUGAAAGGACAAAAAGGUGCGAUGGGAGACUCUGGAUUUCCAGGGCCUUCUGGAGAUGAAGGACAGAAGGGGAGACCUGGACCUCAAGGUUUGAUGGGACCACCAGGUGCCAAGGGUGAGCAGGGCAAUGCUGGGGCGCAAGGCAUCAGAGGAGCAGAAGGAUUCCCAGGAUUGCUAGGUUUAGUUGGACCGAAGGGGCUCAAAGGCUUCGAGGGAUCUCAAGGGACAAGAGGUGCAAAGGGGCAAGCUGGCUCACGUGGUCCACCUGGUCGACCGGGACCUUCAAUGCAUCUGUCAGAAGAACAAUUACAGGUAAUUUACAAUAAAUCACGCCACUGGGAUUCACAAAGCAUAUGGAAAGCCCUCGAAGCGCUGAACAUGGACAUAAGGUACAUUGUUGACCCGCCCACGGGAACCAAAGACAACCCGGCUACAAGCUGCAAGGAACUGCAACUGUGCCACCCGCACCUCAGUGACGGUUACUUUUACAUCGACCCCAACCAGGGCUGCCCUUACGACGCUCUCCUGGUCUACUGCAACUUCACAGCUGGCGGAUCGACUUGUUUGCUGAACGUGGAAAGUGAGGCACCCACAAAAGCCUGGUUCAAAGAGGACAGGAGGGAGAACGCAUAUCACUGGUUCAGUUCUGUGGCUGGAGGAUAUUUGUUUAAAUAUCGUGGAGCAAGCACUGUACAGCUACGGUUCUUGAAGCUUCACAGUACGCACGCAACCCAAAAAGUGACCUAUAAGUGCAAAGUGGGGUCUGACUGGUUCAAGAUGAACGAGAGUACAGAACAGUCACCGAUUCAGUUCAUGGGGGACAACAGGAAGGAAAUCUAUAAUGGGCACAAGGACUUCUCCGUGCAGUUUGAUGGAUGCUCGCUGAACGAUUCAGGGACCGAAUUUGAAGUGAGCACCAACGAACUUAACCUGUUGCCUCUGAGAGACGUGGCCGUGUUUAACAACGGCAACGACGCUCAGGAGUUCGGAUUCUCUGUCGGUCACGUUUGCUUUUACUGAAAAGCUCAGGACCACUUUCUGGAGGAUGAAUGGGAACCCACAUACACCCUCACACACAAACCCGCACUCACACACAAACCCACACUC